AUGCCUUCCUCCCCCAGCAAAGCCUCGGCAGGGGAUGCUCUCAUGGGGGCAAGGGCGGUAUUCUCAGGCCCAGAUGGUAUACGUGAUUACAGAACAAGGAAGCCUGAACACACCCAGUACAUAGGAGCGACAGCUCCAGCAAUAGAGGGUACCAGUGACGCCAACUACUUGUGGCGCCCGGCCCCCUGUCCUCCAGGCGUAUCACCUCGCAGACCUUCCUACGCUGGCGACAUUGGGUGGGGUGUGAGGGAGCUCAGCCAUUUCACCAGGAGACACCUCCAGGGUGGAGCACACAUUAAG